AUGAACAGCAUAUCCAUGUCAGAAUCUGGAUCUGAAAAUGAAAUUCCAAGAAGCCCUCAGGGGAAUUCUGGAAACUCUAACGACGAUCCACUUUUAUCUUUGUUCUAAGGAUAUACAUAAAAUGGCAUAUGAUGUCCAGCCGGUCCUCCCAGUGACGGUAAUCCAAUUAUAUCAGCAUGUUUUUUGGGAGAAGUGAGUUGGGCAAACAACACCAGGAGGCUAGAGGCGAUAGGCUUAAGCACGAAUCCGCUGGUUUGUGAUCUGACCCAUGGGCAGCUACUCGUGACUCCUUUUUUCCAGUAGCAUCUUAGCCAGUGGAUGCCCGAAAUGGAAUAGGGUGAUUUGCCUGCUCAAGCUACUCUUGAUAGCGGCCCCAAAUCACGGAAGUGAUUGAGUUCUUUCUAGGGAUAACCUGAAAAGGCUAGCUAGACAUAAGUAAAACACUGCGGUCCCUCCAGAAAAGGCUCCCAAACGGAGCCAAUCUGGCCAGGGUAGGUACAGUUGACGUAAUAAGGGCGAAGGGACUAAGUUGGAAAUGGUGAUGCCCGGUGAUGGUCUGCGAAUCCAAUAGGGCAACUCACUAUCGAGAACCCAGGGGUUUCAGCCUGGGCUCAGAGGUACCAGAGGUGGAAGCCACCUAAUUCGCUUGGGCCAACACGCGCCUGGAAGUAGAGACUUUAAAUAUAGCUCAUAAUCUAAUCUAAUCUUUGUUCCAAGGACCUUCGUUAGCAAAACUAAUGACCCAUCCUAAAACAAAGGAAUAUUUCCAUCAAGAAGAUUUUGUCCAGUAUCUUAAUGCUUUGAAUGAAACUAUUUAUCACAACAUAAUUCAGCCCUUAUCAAAUACACCAAUUCUAUAUAUUUUAAAUAAAAAACAGCCUUUUUGCUAUUAUUUAAAAAAUUAUUCUCAUUAAAUACUAUAAAAAUACCUCACUUGAAUUUAUGAGUGACCCAAGGUUCAUGGAAUGUGUGGGCGUCUUAAUGGGUGUUGACUGCUCAGGCCCUAAGAACCAUACUCCUCAGGACCAAUGUCAAGAGGAUGGUAACAGCGAUAGCCAUGACGAAGAAUACUAUAACAAGCAAGCUGCCGAAGAAGAGAAAACCUUGGGGAAUUCAGCAUUCGGCAAAAAGAAAUGAAGAGUCGCCAUGGAGCAUUAUGACCGAGCAAUCAAUCUAGAUCCUUCGGAAAUGACAUAUAUAAACAAUAAAGCUGCCUGUUUUUUCUCAAUCGGAGAGUAUCAAAGAUGCAUAGAACUCUGUGAUAAAGCCCUAGAAAUUGGAAAAAAGAACAUGGCAGACGGUAAAAAAAUCGGAAGAGCCUUGUCCAGAAAAGGCCACGCACUAGAAAAACUAGGAAGAAUAGACGAAGCCAUAGACAGUUUAAAGCUCUCUUUAUUUGAGCAGAAUGAUGAUAAAGUAAAAUUCGAGGUGAGAGAUCUUGAGAGGAAAAAGAAAAAAACUGUGGAUGAUAACUAUACUGUGGGAUAUCAAUUUUGCAUGAAAAAUCUAUAUAAAGCCUUAAGUUGUAUUUAUAUAGUAGAGAAUAUAAAAAUCCUGGCCGAGCUGAAGAAAAUAAUUUGGCUGCCAAUGAGCUUUUUGGUGAAGGCGACUAUGAAGAAGCAAUCAAAGAAUAUAAUGAAUGCCAAAAAAGGAUAAAUAAAUGAAAUUCGGUCCAUGAGGAAUUAGCUUUGCUAAUUUUCUCUCCAUAAUGGAAUUUUAUUUAUGGGGUUUGGUUUUACCUUGACAGCAACAGCGGUUUAAUUUGGGAAUAAUAACCAAAGAAACUGUCCCCAGUGCAUCAAAGGCUCAGGAUUUUACCAUUUAUCACAUCCGAUGAAUAUGACCCUUUAGUGAAGCACGCGCUAAAGCUAAGUCUCACGAGAGCGACAGCAACGCACUGGGUGAGAUGUGUGGCCUUGCCUGAUGAUGGUAUUGCUUUAGAAAGCUGCUCAUAUGGUGCACCAAGUGACGGGAUGGCCUGUGACGUUGCUAGCUUGGCUAAGUCCCUAUUUUUUGGAGUGGGCAUACCUCAAAAUACUUAAGUUACUGCAAAUGAAUAUAUUGAAUGUCAAAAAAGGCUUCCAAACGACAUUAAUUACUUAUCGAACCGCGCUGUCUGCUUUAUCAAGCUUAAACAGUUCUACAAAGCACUAAAAGACCUUGAUAGGAUUCUUGAGAUUGACCAUAAUCAUAUCCAAGCUAAUAUUCAAAAAGCCUUUAUCCAUACUGUUUUUAAAGAGUAUGGAAAAGCCCUUGAAUGCUACGAAAAAGUCCUUCAAAUCGACCCAGACAAUCAAGAAUGCAAAGAAGGCUUUAAAAAAGUGGUGAGGUCUCUGAAUUUCCAAAUUGAUUGUAGCGAUGAAGAUAGGAUGAAAAGAAGCUUACUAGAUACUUCUAUUAAGCAUAUUCUAUGUGAUCCUCAGCUCAUUGAAUUUUUAUAUUAUUCUAUGGUGAAUUUUGAUAGAUAUAAAACUGGGUUUAUUUAAUGGCCAGGCAAAUGAUAUAAAACAAUAUAGCUGUAAUAAAUGAUUGAAAAUUUUAGUAAAGGCAAAAUUAUUCAUUUUUUAUAGAAAAAAAUAGCAGCUAACCGAGAAAAAAAUUAAUCGCUAUAAAUAAAUAUAGAAAAAGUCAAUUUAAAUAAGGAGCAGACCACAAAUCCUGCUAUCCUUGCCGCAUAUGCAAAGUUAAAAGAAGCAGGCCUAUUAAAAGCGACACCUUAA